AUGGAGAAAGUGAAGAGUGGAGCACAUGUAGACUGGGCCACAGCAGAAACCCUUGCCUUGGGCUCCUUACUUGCUCAAGGUUCCAAUGUCCGUCUGAGUGGCCAAGAUGUGGGCCGUGGAACUUUUAGUCAAAGGCAUGCAAUAGUAGUUUGCCAGAACACCGAUGAUGCCUACAUUCCUCUGAACCAUAUGGACCCUAAUCAGAAGGGGUUUCUGGAGGUUAGCAACAGCCCCCUGUCAGAAGAGGCUGUCCUGGGAUUUGAAUAUGGGAUGAGCAUUGAAAGCCCAAAGUUACUGCCUCUUUGGGAGGCUCAGUUUGGUGAUUUCUUCAAUGGAGCCCAGAUCAUCUUUGACGCGUUCAUCUCUGGAGGCGAGGCCAAGUGGCUCCUGCAGAGUGGCAUUGUCAUCCUCCUUCCACAUGGCUAUGAUGGGGCUGGGCCUGAUCAUCAUGUCGAAUAGAGCGCUUCUUGCAGGUGAUGGCAUUAGGAGGUGAGGCCCUUUCUUCCAUGUGAGGACACAGUGAGAAGGCACUAUGUGUGAGCCAGUGAAUGGAUCCAUAUCAGACACCAAACUUACUACAUGAUCUUGGACUUCCCAGCCUCCAGAAAUGUGAGAGAUAAAUUUAUGCUAUUCAUGAGUAACCUAGAUUUUGCCAGGCAUACUGGCACAUGCCAAUAAUCCCAACACUUGGAAGGUAGAGGCAGGAGGAUUAGGAGUUCCAGUCAUCCUCAGCUACAUAGCAAGUUUUGAGACGCUGUCUCAAAACCAUAGAAGAAACAAUUACUCAGUUUUAUGGCAUUGUGUCAUAGCAGGCCAAGCAGUUUAAAACAGAGACUGUUGAGGUAAAAUGAAGAAUCAAGUGUUAGAGCAACUAAAAAACUAGGGUAUUGAAAGAAUCGUCCCGUAUAUGUGAAAAUGACCAAGACAGCUGGAAAACACCAAGUGUUGGAGUUCUUUUGCUCUAUCCAUAUUGAAAUUGUAAACAGGCUAACGGGAAAUUCCUGGGUGUUGGGAGUUCUGGACUCUUGAGUGCCAAGAACCUCUGGACUUGACUUGUAGACCCAGAGGCUUACAGUUCUGGGCUGUGAGAACUAGAGGCUUCCAGCUCUAAGCUCUAGAGGCCAGAAGCUUACAAUUCAUGUCAGAGGCUUGCUACUCUGGACCUUGACUGUCAGUCAUCUCACAUCUGGAUCAGGGCUGGGAGCCAUGUCCUCAGCCUCUGUCAUGCAGGAAUCUACUGACAGGUGCCGCGACCCAAGACUCCGUCCAGCAGAGUCCAGGAGAGACGACACAGACACCAAGGUGAGGUUCAAGCUUCUUCUUCUUCUUUUUAUUAUGCACUUCAGUCCCCAUUUAUAUAGUUCCCAACAGCCCUCCCCCCAGCCAGGACCAAUCAG